AAUCAGAGGUAACAGCACUCCCUUGUGGGUUGCAAUGUUCAAUCUGGUAGUGUUCAUCGCAAAACGCGACUUCAAAAUCUGCUGAACAAAUGCGCUGGUAUCCGCCGAUCCCAGACCAGAUGAGCCAUUGAGUUCCUCUUGUGUUUGCGCUGAUUCUCGCGAAGAUUCGCUUGUCGAGAGCUUAUUUGAGAUCAGUAAUGACAGGAGGCCUGACCCUGUGACGCUGCUCUGAUGUUUGGAGUCAAUACAGGAAGAGGUUCGUUGACAGCGAGGCCGGACUGAGCUAAGAUGGCUUGCAGUGAUACGGAGAAGUCCAGCUUUGGUGAUGGUGCCUGCUAUGAUAGCGAAUACUCCAGUUGUGCGGCGGCGAUGGAGAAAGAGAGUGAAUCGUGUCUCAGCCCGACAGAAAACCCCUCCACCAUCAGUGUUUCUUCUAGUAUCCUACCAGACCUGCAAGGAUAUGAUGUGGAGUUUGAUCCUCCUCUAGAGAGCAAAUAUGAAUGUCCUAUCUGUUUGAUGGGUCUCAGAUCAGCAGUGCAGACACCAUGUGGACAUCGAUUCUGCAACUCGUGCAUCAAGAAGUCCAUCAGGGAUACAGGGCAGAAAUGUCCAGUUGACAAUGAGUUGCUGCUGGAGGAUCAGCUCUUUCUUGAUAACUUUGCCAAUCGAGAGAUCCUGUCACUCACUGUCCGGUGCCCUAAUAUUGGGUGCACUGAUAAAAUGGAGUUACGGCAUUUGGAGAAACACUUGUGUAAGUUUGCCAGAGUGCCAUGCCCUCAGUGUCAGGAGUCUGUUCGUAAGAGCCAUCUGGAUGAACACAAGAGCCAGCAGUGCUUACAGCGAUUCAUGACCUGCCCUAACUGUGCAGGGAGCUUUGUAUAUGCUGACAAACAGAUUCAUGAGCAGAUGUGUCCUUUCGCCAAUACAGUGUGUGACUAUUGUGAAAUGGUGCUUAUUCGGGAUCAGUUGGCGUUGCACUGUGACACAGAUUGUCUCAAAGCUCCUGUAGCCUGCACUUUUAGCACUUUUGGUUGUCGUGAAAAGAUGCCGAGAAAUGAACUGGCACAGCACAUGCAGGAAUUUACACAGAUGCAUAUGCGUUACAUGGCUGAGUUUCUGCGCAGCCAGACUCUGAAUAGCUGUCUUACAUCAUCAGUUGCCGGCCACUCCUCGUCAGAUGAACGUGGCGCCUCGUCCAAGGCAGUAGAACCUUGCCGGUGCAACCAGGAGCUGAUGAACCUGCAGGAGACCGUCUUGGAGCUGGAAGGCCGGCUGGUGCGUCAAGACCAACAGAUCCGUGAACUGUGUAUUCACAAUGACACGCAGAAAACCCAGCUCACAGACCUACGUCGUAAGCUGAGCUCACUGGAGGAGGCCACCCGAGAGCUGGAAGCCCAGCAGUACCAAGGUGUUUACGUGUGGCGGUUGGAGACCUUUUCAGCCCACCUGCGCAACCAGGAGGCCGGUCAACCUGUAGUCCUCCACAGCCCACCUUUCUACACGGGCCGGCCAGGGUACAAACUCUGCCUUCGGCUACACCUGCAAACCCCCAGUGCCCCCCGCUGCUCCAACUACAUCUCACUUUUUGUGCAUACUAUGCAGGGUGAGUUUGACAGCCAGCUCUCCUGGCCCUUCCAGGGCACGAUCCGGCUGGCAGUGUUGGACCAGGUCGAGGGGCAGCACCACUUGGAAGUGAUGGAGACCAAGCCGGACCUGCAGGCCUUCCAAAGGCCCACCGUGCAGCGCAACCCCAAGGGUUUCGGCUACGUCACUUUCCUGCAUCUACAGGCGUUGAAGCAGCGUGGGUUUGUGAAAGAAGACGUGCUGUUAGUGCGCUGUGAGGUUACGCCACGCUUCGACGCCAGCCUCAGGAGAGAGGGAGUGCAACCUCGGGGCCCAGAACCCUCACUUUGAUUUCCUGCACUGUCCUCCUGCAUUUUUUUUUAAGUUCUCAUACACACACACACACACACACACACACACACACUGCUGAAACAUGAGGAAAAUAUGACAGAACCAGGACUUUCUUAGACCCUUUAUGGUACACCAGGCUCAGUAAUGAUGUUCUUACAUAUCUGUUUGAUACAGAUAUGUUUCUCAAAAGCAUUUCAGUGCAGUGAAAUCAAUGGACAACCACCUGUAUGAUUGGCAAAAUAAACCAAGCUCAUAGGUGUAAGAACAUGAAUGGUGCUGCUUUUGCUAAGUGUUACCUUUCAUUUCAUAGUACUACAUUUAAUUGCAAAUUUCACCUGACCCAGAAACUUAACAGAAGGUCCUGUUAUUUGUUUGAGACAAAUAAAACUUUUUGCUCUAUUGUUUUAGCUGGAAUACAUAAUUUUUAGUCAUGCAUUUGACAAAGUCAGACAAUUUUAAGCAUCAUGAGUAAAGAGCAUCACAGUUUACUGCAAUUUUACUAAAUCCUGUGCAUCGUGUUCUUUGAACAAUGUUAAAAUGCAUUAGUCUUAAAGGAAUGGUUCACCCAAAAAUUUUAAUUCUCUUAUAAUUUACUCACCCUCAUGCCAUCCAAGAUGUGUAUGAUGUUAUUUCAUCUGAUUAACUCAAAUUUUUAGAAGAAUAUUUCAGCUCUGUAG